CACACACACACACACACACACACACACAAACAAAGAAGACUACAGAUAAAUAAAUAACAAGUGAAGAGUCAACAAAAUCCACAUGGAAUUGUAUCGGUACUUCCCGAACUCCUCCCAUAUGCUACGACGUCAUCGCGAACCUUUUCAGGUGACGUCCCCAUGUUCAUUUGUCACACCAAUCUUUCUGGUUUCCGGACGCAGUUGACUUAUCGGGACGCCGGGAACCCUUUCAGUUCUGCCGCGGGAACCUCCUUCAUACUGUCCAUGGUGAGGGCAUGGCUACAUGGUUCCCACUGAGCUCACACGAGUAUAGUUUUAGUUCGGGAUGUCGGCUGUUAAAGGUCUCCAGCAGUGGUGCAAGAUCCAAUGUAACGGAUACCGGGAUGUGUCCAUCACUAACAUGACCACGUCGUUCAGGGACGGACUGGCGUUCUGCGCCAUGAUACACAAACACAGACCAGAUCUCAUAGAUUUUGAUUCCCUGAAGAAGAAUGAUGUCUUUGAAAACAAUCAACUGGCGUUCAGAGUUGCAGAGGAGGAGUUGGGUAUCCCAGCCUUGCUGGACGCAGAAGACAUGGUGGCCCUCAAGGUUCCCGACCGCCUCAGUAUUCUCACCUACGUCUCCCAGUACUACAACUACUUUCACGGACGAUCCCCGAUUGGUGGUUUGGCUGGUAUCAAGCGACCAGCGGAGAUCUCGGAGAACGAACCCUCUGGGAAGAAGAACCUGCCUGUGGUUGCUAAGUCGUUCCCCGCUUCCAAACCUGAGGUGAAGAACGGUCCGCCGCCCUCCUCCUCCAUCACCAUCCGGGGCUCCUCGCCGGCGAGGCCGUCCCCAGCAGCCCAGAAGGAGGCGGCACAUGAGAAACCAUCGCUCCGUCAAACAGGGACCCAGAGUAAUAAGUGUGUGUCCUGCAACAAGCUCGUUCACCUGGUCCAGCGUCAUAUGGUGGAUGGGAAGCUCUAUCAUAGGAGCUGUGCAAAGUCUACUUUAAAAGCAAACGCCCCACUUCGUGACUUGCUACAGCAAGGCUCUUCAUCCAAUCAUAAAUCUCGUUCUGAGACCCCUGAACCCGGUGAAUCCACGUCAGCUCCCUUCAGCUCUGAUUCCUCCUGGCUAACUACAAAGAAACCACCUUCAAGCUCUCCAGGUCUGGUCUCCUCCCAGUUAAACAAUAAGACGCAACCAUCCAGCUCUCCAAGUCCAUCCCCCUUCAAGAGCCCCAGUAAGGUGCAACCAUCCAGCUCUCCAAGUCCAUCCCCCUCUGCGUUAGCCAAUAAGACACAACGGUCCAGCUCUCCAAGUCCAUCCCCCUCUGCGUUAGCCAAUAAGACACAACGGUCCAGCUCUCCAAGUCCAUCCCCCUCUGCGUUAGCCAAUAAGACACAACGGUCCAGCUCUCCAAGUCCAUCCCCCUCUGCGUUAGCCAAUAAGACACAAUGGUCUAGCUCUCCAAGUCCAUCCCCCUCUGCGUUAGCCAAUAAGAUACAACGGUCCAGCUCUCCAAGUCCAUCCCCCUCUGCGUUAGCCAAUAAGACACAACGGUCCAGCUCUCCAAGUCCAUCCCCCUCUGCGUUAGCCAAUAAGACACAACGGUCCAGCUCUCCAAGUCCAUCCCCCUCUGCGUUAGCCAAUAAGACACAACGGCCCAGCUCUCCAAGUCCCGCCCCCUCCUGGAUAACAAAAAAGCCAGUCAGUGCAGCCCCACCGUCUACCUCUGGGCCAGCACUUAUCACCAAAUCCACUACUGGAGCCAACAAGCCCGGUGUUCAAAAACUUGGCAACACCACCACCUAUAACACUUCUAUCAGUAAAACUAUCAGCCCCACCCCAACCAUUAGCACCACCACCCCCCUCAAGAGCAACAUCAGUACCACCCCCGCCCUGACCACCAACACUUCCAUCGACUCCACCCCUGUCAGGAUCACCAUCAACCAUCUCCCCAUGGAGACGACGCCCAACCCCAGCAGGCCUACUGCAGCUCCCCGGUCCUCCCUGUCGGCACAGAGAACCCAGCAGGCCAAGGACAGGUUCUUGCAGAAGGAACCUGAAGGGGCGAUUACGGCAGGCAGUGACAUUAAGGCAGCCACCAAGGAGUCCCCUGGGAACAAAUGGUUGGCGGUCAGCAAUCAGGGAAGUGAUGUGCGGGCAGAGCCAGGCCUGGGUAGAGCCGCUAAGGGUUGGGGUGUCGGUGGGGGGAACCCUGACGGCAACAAGAACCAAGCAGCAGCUCUUAUCUCCAGGAAGCUGGCAAAGGAAAGCAACAAUAAGGACACCAAGCCAACCUUGAACACAGAACGGGUCUCUGAGGUGGAGACACCCAAAAAGGAUCCGUUGCCCAGCAGAGGGAGGGUCAAGCUGAAGGUGAGCAGCUCCAUCCUGGCUGACCUGCAGACUCCAAUCGUGGACCGCUCACCGGACAGAGCCAGCUCUGCCAGCAGCAGGCCAUGGCAGGCCGACCCCUCCCCACAGAGGGCCCCCGUGGGGCCCGCGACCGCCGCCUCCUCCCCGGGCAAUCAAGCAGGACCAGAGAGCAGCGAAGGCCCCGCCCAGUGGAGGUCUAAACUCAAACAAGUCGCCAAGGAUACCAAAAUCUCGGAUCCUAACAAGCCCUCCCCUGAAGGAAAGUCUCCUGCUUCAGUGUCCUCCAAGGCCGGUCCUAAUCCAGCCACUAGCGGGUUUAAGAAUGGAAGCAGAGCUCCAAGUGACAACGGUACCAGGCCAGAACCACUGCCCACAAAGAAGAAGCCCGACUACAUCCCCAAGGAGAAGAUCAUGGAGGAGCUGCAGGAGAUCGAAGACGGCCUCAAUGCGCUGGAGAAACGAGGAGUGGAGCUGGAGAAGAAACUGCGCCGCAGUGAGGAGGAGGGAGUAGAGGACGCUGCCAUGGAUGAAGUGAUGGUUGACUGGUUCAGCCUCAUCAGGGAGAAGCAGGUGGCCAUGCGCCGAGAGUCAGAGCUGGUCUACAUAGCAAAAACACAGGACCUGGAAGAACAGCAGCCUAGUGUCGAACAGGAGCUCAGAAGUCUUAUGGCUAAACCAGACAGCGCAAAGACGUCGUGGGAGCGGCAGAGAGAGCAGGAGCUCAUGGUUAAACUGGUGGAGAUAGUCAACGACAGGAGCGCCAUCGUGGACAGCCUGGAUGAGGACCGACUCAGUCGAGUCCCUGCUGCUUGUGUCCCCAGCCAGCAUGUUGGAGGUGUCACCUUGACGUCUUCUUUGUACCCCUCAGGGAGGAAGACGAGGACGUGCAGCUGGAGCAGAUGAUGAUGAACUUGGACAUUAAGAAAGACAAGACCAAGAAGAAGUCCCCCAUUGCCAAGAUGUUCCUCUGGCGAAGCAACAGCACCAAGAAGUGAAGCUGGGGUGAGCUCCACGUUCGGACACACAGCCCACCCCAUGUGGCCGUCUUUUUUUGCUAGUGUUUUAUAUUUGUAUUUUUGUCGCUCUGGCUCUGCUCAGUUGGCUGUCGGUAACGUGUGGGCGAUUGAGUGAGUGCGUGUGCGUAAUGCGUGCGUGCGUGCGUGCGUUUGCGCGCGUGUCUGUGUGUACGCUCACUGCUGAGGGCUUCCUGGCUCAGUGACUGCCGCGUGCUUGGGUUCCACUGCCCUGGAUAUUAGCUGAGUUCCCUGCCAAUCUAUUGAACACUACACACGCCUACCCAUCCGGCGUCCAUUGCUUGUUGCAACGUCUGUAUUCCGAACGGUAUAGAAAACGCCACAUCACGCCAAGUGGGCGAAGGAGGUUUUGACUCGACGUCGACCCUGUGCCAACUCUUCCGCUCUGCCCCAGCCCCGACCGGUAUUCACUUUGGUCACACUUGGAGCGUUGAAAAACGUCUUGCUAAACAGCAUUUUGUCGAUCUCUCUUGAUUAAUUUGGGGAGCGCUUGAUAAUAUAACAAGCCAUAAUUAGGUAAGACCAUUUUACACGUUGUCCACGUUAGAUGUGUAUGUGUUUGGUUUUGUUAAUAUUGAUAACAGGAUUCAGCAACCAGUGGCUUUAAGGUCUUUGUUUCGAAUGCAGUCCGUUUUUUUGUUAAAAAAUAAUAAUAAUCCGUUUUCUUUACUGAAUAUUCAGUUCCAUGUUAGUGUUUUUAAGGUGACGUUUUGGAGUUUUCUUUUUCAAAGACUUGAGUACUAAUGUUCAACAUAUUUUAGGAACAGAAUUGAUUAUGAAAUCGUGAAUAGGUACAGUUUACACUAACUGCUUCAUUGUGGGAGAACGUGAUGAUUAUUGCUUGAUUUGGUCCACAUUGGACCGUGGAGGUCGAAACACGCGCUUGUGGUACAUUAAAAAAAAAAAGGAAAUAUUUUUGGUAAAAGAUCAGUAUUCCUUAUUAUUCAUCAUUGCACAGAUAAGAAUACCACAUUCAUGAUCAUGCCUUUACGUCUUCAGAAGUAAAGCCCAUGGAACACACUUAGGAAACGUGUUUGUUUCUCUGUCAUGUGAUCAAAGUCGUACGCUAAAGCUGGUUCGAAAUGGGUUCUAUUGCUUAACCAUUAAAGUGAUGUGAUUCUAUAA